UCCAUUCGUUUAUACCAUAAUGGCAUCUAAUUCUCCUCGGGAUUGUGCAAAUUGAGCAAAUUGUGAGAGAUGGACUGAGGACUCUUGUGUUUGCAUUUGGUCACAAAGUUGGGAUAAUUAACGCCUUCAUUAAAUUAAAAAAUCCUUGCACUGCAGAGGAACUCAGUGAAAAAUCAGGCCAUAAGUUAAGGUUACGGGUACUUUGAUUCAUUUCUCAUGUGGAUGGAUACAUACCGCACAACAGAAGUUUUUACAAGAAUGGAACAAAAUUCAUCUCAUUCCUAUAUUAAGCUUUAAAAAAGGUACAUUCAAGAAUGGCUUGGUUGCAUGAUCUCUGCAGGAAUCGUCAAACUUCACGAAGACGGCAAAUAUUCACUUCCAUUCGAGAAAUCCCUGUUGAAGACGUCGGGCAUCGUUGCCAGUGUGCUCCCAAUAUUAAGCGAAAUGUUUCCUAUGCUCGAGAAAGUCACGUCAAAAGAUGGACCAAGGGGUUACGGAUACUAUGAACCAUUUCUUGCUUGGCUGGAUACAUAUCGUACACCGGAAGCUCUUCAGGAAUGGAACAAGAAUCUUCUGCUUCCUGCAUUAGAACUUAAACCAGGGACGGAUUUUACGCUGUUAGACAUUGGUUGUGGCUAUGGUAAGCAUACAAGAGAGGUGGCUAAAAUGUACCCUAACUCUACUAUUUACGGUAUCGACUCGGAUAAAGUCUCAAUAGAUCAGGCCAUCAAAGAACUUCAAGAAAGUGAGCAGAAGAACAUCAUCUAUAUCCAUAUGAAAGGUGGACAACUCCCACAGGAAUGGACUGAAAAGUUUGAUUUCGUCUUAAUCAACGAUGUACUUCAUGAUGCAUACGACGUCGAUGGAAUUCUUAAAGAGACAAAGCGAGUCCUCAAACCAGAUGGCUACGGAAUGGCGUAUGAUCCCCCUGUAUCUUCCUAUCCCCCAAAACAAGUCAACGAGCCAAAAGCACAGUUUUUCCUUCCCUUUAGCCUCUUCAUUUGCCUUCCGGUCAGUUUAUCGGGUCCGUUUGGAGAAGGACGCGGUGCUGGUUGGGGACAUGAGCGCAAGAAACAGGAAAUAGAAGAACACGGAUUUCGAGUGAUUAAAGUUGGCGAUAAAGAUACUGAUACCGUGCAAGAAGGCAUUGUUUUCUCGAAAGCGAAUUCUUAAAUUGUUGACAUUUCACAGUUUUACGACACUUAAAGUGAAUCCGACCAAAUUUUAUUUUGGGUCUUUCAUUGUGUUUUAUUAUAUUCAGUAUCAAUAAUGUACUCAUACCAGCAGGGUUCUUUAUUAUAAAUACAUUGUAAUUCUUCUAACACAUCUUUAUUCACUUUUGAUUUUUAUAUGUUAUUUAAUGUUUUAUAUACUCAUGAAGGAGAAAAUUCUCCAGCUUUGAUAAAAGGUUGAAUAUUC